AUGGAAAAUCCAAACCAAAGAAGACCAAAUCCUUACUUGAUUAAUAGUUAAAAUCAUUAAAAUAAUCAUAAAUAAAUAAUUGAUACAUAUCAUAUUAGAUCGCCUUCAAAAACAGAUCCAAAUCAAUUUGAUUAAGUCUCUAAAAUAGCAAGCAUACCUGAAGUAAAUCAAGAUUUAGAACAGGAACAAAUAAAAUCAGAACAAAUAGAUUUUUUCUGGUAGGAAACCAACUUAACCAAUUCCAAACAUAUAAUCUAAAAUUUAGGAUCAAUCUAAAGGGUAAUCUUUGCUAAUGAAUGA